UGCAGUUUCAUAAUUUCACCCGGGUCUGGCUUCUUCCUUUUAAAAACAUUUCGGGGGCCCCCGGGUCUGGCUCGCCUUGGGUGGCGAUGUCUUCCUCGGGCACGCUCAGCAAUUACUACGUGGACUCUUUCCUCCUCCACGAGAGCGAGGAGCUGGUGCCCUCCCGCUACGGCUCGGCUCCUCUGGGGCAGCCCUCCAGGCAGGCGGCCCUGGGCGAGCACCCCGAAUUCACCCCUUGCAGCUUCCAGUCCAAGACGUCCGUCUUCAGCCCUUCCUGGAACGCCGUCCACCCGCCGGGCGCCAACAAUGUGCCGGCCGUCUACCACCCCUACGUGCAUCACCAGGCGCCCAUGGCAGCGCCCGACGGCAGGUACAUGCGUUCCUGGCUGGAGCCUAUGCCGGGCUCCUUGUCUUUCCCCGGCUUGCCGGCCAGCCGGCAUUACGGCAUUAAACCUGAACCGCUCACGGCGGCCCGGAGGGGUGACUGUACCACCUUUGACACGCACGCACUCUCCCUGACUGACUAUGCUUGUGGUUCUCCUCCAGCUGAUAGGGAUAAGCAAGCCAACGACGGGCCGUUCGCGGAAAACAAUGGCGAGAGCGAGGCCAACGGAGACAAGCCCCCCCUCGACCCCAAUAAUCCCGCUGCCAAUUGGUUACACGCGAGAUCCACGCGAAAAAAGCGCUGCCCUUACACCAAGCACCAGACGCUGGAGUUGGAGAAAGAGUUUUUGUUCAACAUGUACCUCACCAGGGACCGGCGGUACGAAGUGGCCAGGCUUCUGAAUUUAACGGAGAGACAAGUGAAAAUCUGGUUUCAGAACCGGAGGAUGAAAAUGAAGAAAAUCAAUAAAGACCGAGCAAAAGACGAAUAAAGAGGGUGCGCGUUGCAGGUUCAUCGCGUUUCACGGCAGCGAAAUCUCGACCCAACCCCCCUACGCUCCUCGUCUUCUCCAACGCAACACAACACAGCCCCCCUUCUACCCUUCUGAGGCUGCGCCCAGGCCUCACGUUAUUUGCGUUUUUAAUAUAUUUUUUUUAAAGAACAAAAUUUGUGGUUGUUUCUCGUUGGCCAAUUCUGCUUUUGAAAGCACCUCUCCAGCGUGCAGGGAGAUAACGGCUGGGCCCCGGUGCUACGAUGGAGGUAUCCUGAUUUUCAAUUUUCUUUC